UAGUUUGUUGCUGUUUCACUCUCGGCUGGAAUAGACGCACAGACAGACGGACAGUAGAACGGUUUACCUUUAUACAAAGCGAGGAUUUUUAAGCUGUAAAAUACUUUUUCUGCUGAAAAUAAGUCAAAGUGAAAGUAACUGAGGCAACUUUCUUUAGCAGGGAGGGAAACACAGAGAAUUAUUUUAUUGACUGUGUGUUCAGUUUCAUUCUGAGGCAAUGGCUUCAAGAUCAGAGGAGGAAUUCUGCUGUUCGGUCUGUCAGGACAUCUUUAGCGAUCCAGUUCUUCUGUCAUGCAGCCACAGCUUCUGUAAAGUCUGUCUGAAGAACUGGUGGAGAGAGAAGAUAACACGUGAGUGUCCACUUUGCAAGAGAAGGUCAUCGAGAGGAGAACCUCCCUGUAACCUGGUCUUAAAGAACCUGUGUGAGGCCUUCCAGCAGGAGAGAGAUCAGAGGGCUUUAGAGGCUCUCUGCAGUCUGCACUCUGAGAGACUCAAACUUUUCUGUCUGGAUCAUCGGCAGCCAGUGUGUGUUAUCUGCAGAGAUUCAGAGAAACAUACCAACCACAGCUUCAGACCCAUCGAUGAAGCGGCGCGACAUCACAGGAUGGAACUUCAGAAAACUCUGAAACCCUUUAGGAAGAAGUUAGAUGCUUUUGAGAAAGCUAAAGAGGAGUUUGAUCGAACAGCAGAACACCUGAAGGUCCAGGCUCGACGCACAGAGACGCAGAUUAAGGCGCAGUUUCAGAAGCUUCACCAGUUUCUAGAACAGGAAGAGGGGGCCAGGAUAGCUGCACUGAGGGAGGAAGAGGAGCAGAAGAGUUGGAUGAUACAGGAGAAGACGGAGGCUGUGAGCAGAGAGAUAGCAGCUCUUUCACACACACUCAGAGCCACAGAGAAGGAGCUGAGAGCUGACCACGCCUCCUUCCUGAGCAACUACCAGGCUGCAGUGGGGAGGCUGCAGCACCCCCUCCUGGAGGAUCCACAGCUUCCCUCAGGAGCUCUGAUAGAUGAGGCCAAACACCUGGGCAACCUCACCUUCCACAUCUGGAGCAAGAUGAGGGACAUGGUCUCCUAUUUUCCUCUCGUUUUAGACCCAAACACUUCUCAUCCAGAACUAAUCCUGUCUGAAGAUCUGACCAGUGUGAAGGAAGGAGGGAGACAGAAACGUCCGGAUAAUCCAGAGAGGUUUGACUCUUUCUUAGGUGUCCUGUGCUCUGAGGGCUUUAACUCAGGGAUCCACAGCUGGGACGUUGAGGUUGGAGACAGUAGAGAGUGGAUUCUGGGUGUGUUGGCAGAGUCUGUCCAGAGGAAGAGAGACAUACGGUCAGGAUUAUGGACAGUAUGGUUCGCUGGAGGUGAAUACUCAGCUCUGUCCCUUCCAGCGCCGCCCUCUCAACUCGUGUUCAGGAAGAAGCUGCAGAGGCUCAGAGUGGAUCUGGACUGGAACAGGGGAAGGCUUUCGUUCUCUGAUCCUGACACUAACACACACAUACACACCUUCACACACACUUUCAAUGAGAGGCUGUUUCCGUACAUUUGCACUGUGGAUAAACACCCCCUGAAGAUUUUACCCCUGAAGGUCGGUGUGACAAAACAGCAGGUCUGAGUCUUCAGCUGAAAUGGGCUGUUAAUAUAAAUUUUACUCUCAUUGAGUACUGCAAUUAGAAACAUACUUAAGUAAAAUGACAAAAGCAAAACAUUAAUAAAUAUGUAAAGUUUCAACAUUUUAAGUGAUCAUUGCAGAAUAAUAUGCAAAUAUAAUUAUUGAUGCAUUAAUAGGUUAAUCAAUUUAUUGUAAAGCUGCUAAAUGUCGAAUUCAUUUUAAAGAGUGUCCCUGAUAGCAUAUUAGGGCCAAUGUAGGUAAACAUUAAAUAAACUAUGGAGCGAGGGAAAAUAUUAAUUAUAUUAUAUAAUUAUAUUAAAGUAAUAAAACCGCAAGUUAAUUUCUGAGAAAAAAAAUCACUAAUGGCAAAAAAAAAUAUUGAGAUUUUUGGUGAAAAUAAAGUCUUGAAUGCAUAUUUUCUUUUGUAAAACUGUCUUUGGCUCUGAUGCUGCUGUAGCAAAUGUAAAUGUCCCCUCUGUGGCACCAAUAAAGGGAUUCUGAUUCUGUAUGAAGUGUGUGUGCCUCCUAUAUUAUGUGUAUUUAAUUGGAAUCUGAAGGAGGGACCUGAUAUUGUAUUUCUGUUGUUGCGUUUAUCAUUGUGUUGAUCUGUAUGAAAGAUGCUUGCAAAGUUCUUAAUAAAAACACUGAUUUAAUGUGAAGAGAUUUGUGUAAAACUGAGCUGAAAAAAACUCAAUAUAAUAAUAAAAAUACUCUUCUUUAUUUGAA